AUGAAGAACAAAAAAAGUAGCGGAGAGCAAGGUGGGGAAGCUGGUCGUGACGAGAAGACCACCACUGGAGACGAGAAAUCCAAAUCGCCUCCUCCUCCAACGCCCGUGGAAAACACCAAAAACAGUGGGGAACACAGUGAGGAAGAAGGUCGCGGAGAUGAUGAUGAUGGUGAUAUCAGCAUUCCCACGGCCCAGUACUACGAAGUCAGCUAUAUGCACCGAAAUGUCAUAACCCACCUCGCGUACUCCAAGACUCAUUACCUGAUAACUUGCAGUUCUGACGGCCAUCUGAAGUUCUGGCGUCUUGCAACGACCUUCGGUUUGGAAUUCGUAAAACAUUAUCGGGCGCAUCUGGGUGCCAUCCACAGCCUGGCCAUUAGCAGUGAUGGCGAACUUGCUUGCACAGUCAGUGAGGACAAAACAGCUAAAAUAUUCGACGUGGUCAAUUUCGGUAAUGUUUGCCCAUUUCUUACUGCCCUCCACCUCUUCUUUGCAAACACUAUUCUUACACUGUUGGUGUGUUUUAUGUGCUCCCACACAGAUAUGAUCAGCAUGAUGAAACUGAACAUUAUUCCCUGGGUGUGCUGCUUCGUCUACACGUCAAGCGAUGCGUCGGCGGCUGUUGCGAUGUACGUUUCCUAG